AUGAGUGCUCCCACAAACGUCUUUGCCGCAUUGCAGCCUGAAAAACGCAAGAAAAAGACACUAGAAGGACCAAAGAAUACAAUGUUUGCAUCAUUUGUAAACAAUCCAUCGACUUCUGCUUGGGGUGAUGAUAGUGAUGACGAAAUACAUGUAACAGCUAUUUCUAAGGAAAAAGAUGAAGAAGAUGAAGAACUUGAAGAAGAAGAAGAAGAUGAAAUGAUGAUGAUGAUGAUGAAAAAAGAAAAGAAAGAGCUGGAGAUGAAGGAAUUGGAAGCUGCUUUAGCUGAUCUCGGUAUUAAAGCAGAAGACGCUCCUAAAAAGGAGAAAGAAGAGAUUAUCGUGGCAAUGGAGACGUCUGCCACGUCGGACAAGAAGAAGAAGAAAAAGAAGGGGAAAAAGCCUCUAAAGGUUUCUGAAAAAGAGACGGAAAUCUCGGACGUAGUGGACAUUAAGGCUGUGAUGAAGACCAAGACCAAGAAGAAGAAAACAAGUGAACCAGUAGCUGUGAGAAUUGCCCGUGAAGAAAAGGCCAAGGGCAAAAGUAAGAGCAAGAAAGACAAGAGCAGCUUCAAUGAAUUUUCUAUCUAA